AUGGCUAAGCAAGUGGUACAAUUAAACCGAUACUCAGGAGCGGUGAGUAGGACGAUUUGACUUUACUUUGAUCUGACGAAGUGUUGAACCAUCUGAAGCACAACUAUUUUUGAAUUCCAUUUUAAAUAAUUUUGAGUUUGAACCAAGUUAUCUGGGAACGUAUAUUAGGAAAGAGAAGAAAAUGCCUGAUGGACUGUUUGCAGAUGAUCUAAUAAUUAGUCAAACUAAUAAAUUCCCAAUAAAUAAUAUCUAAUUUUUUUUUUUAACUAUUAGGAAAAUAUGUAUACUUUAAGUGGCUAAAUUACGUGCCUCGAGUCAGAAAUUGUUAUAAAAUUAAAUUAAAAAAAAAAUUAAAAUUACUUGUAAACCUAGAUAUUAUUAUUUGAACGGGUGAUGGUAAAAAUGAUCUAAUUCAGGGGUUUUGGCACCACUAGUAAACCCCGUUACUUUGGUGAUAGUGCACUUAUCACCUGUGAACAAUUUUUUGUUGUUUUGUUUAAUCGGAAAAUAGUCGGUUGUUAAUUGUUAGAAACUAUACAAAUUCGUUUGGUAUUUUUGCAGGAUGACUGGCAAGUGUGGCAGGACACGAUAUUUUGGCUGGGCAACCCGACCGCCCCGCAAGCGUCGCCAGUGUACAUGUGUGGGUCGGGAACCGUUCCUGGUCCUAUCGUUCCUUCAUCAACCGAUUCAUUCGACCAACACGUUAACCACCACAUCCAACAGCAGCCAUCCAAUCACCAUCAAAACCAGCAACCACUGCAGGACCCAUCAACUGCGGUUUACGGUACCGAGGAAUUCAUCGACCUGGACAUGUUGAUCAACUACGUGGCCGACCAGCAUAGCAGUGGCACCAACGACCCUGCACCGUCAGACGCUAUUGCUCACGCCACGGAUAAGUCAUAUUACAGUUGCAGGUGAGCUGUUGAAAAUAUUAUAAUUCUAUCCCCGAAUUUUAAUACUCGGGAAUCGGUUGUUAUUAUUAGAUUCUGAAUCUGGCUAUUCGAUUAGUAGGUAGGGAAAACAAAACGGUUGAUAUUUCAGCAUUUAGCUAUCUACUUGAACAUUGAAAUUCCCUUCACUGAUGAUUUAAUUAGCGAAAGAUUAUUUAUUAUUACCGUUGAUUUUAGAAUAUAUAAAUGAGCUAUGAUCAAAUGUGGGGAUCUAUUAUGUAGCGUUGCGUUCGUUUGAAUGUUUGCUCAACCAUAGUAUGGACGGGAUACAAGUCCCGACUGCCGUCAAAGAUAGACGAGUAGUGAAGGAGAAGGGGUUAUUGUGCUGUGUUACUAUCAUAGCUGUAUACUAAUAGUAUUUUUUUUUUUUAAAUAAAAUUUGAACCAUUAGAUAACAUUAUUGUUGACUGUAAAUUAUCAUUUUUACAUCAAUUUGGUUUUAGAACAAUAACAUUAUAAAGUAUCUAAAUCAUUAUUAUUUUACUAGUUAAACAUUGAGCAGUUAAACAGCUUGUGGUUUUGAUUAUUUGUAUCUAUAUAUAGUUGUUUUAUUUAUUAAUUUUUGUGUUAGCUAUUGUUUAUACAAAUUAUUAAUUUGUGGCAAAUCAUCUAACAAAAUAAAAAUUAAAACCAAGCACUCAAAUUGCGCUAAUGACGCCAAUGGCGCAAAUGAGCUUACGCCUUCAGUGCCAGCACCAGGUUUUAUGAUGCCCUAG